AUGGCUUACAACGAUGAUGCCGUGCUGGCUCGUCUCUCUGCCCUCAAUGAGAGUCAUGACAGCAUUGCAACUGCAGCCCAAUGGAUCAUGUUCCAUAAGCGGCAUGCAGACCGGACUGUCCAGAUAUGGCUCCAGAAGCUUAAGGAGUCUCCGAGCACUCGUCGGCUCAAUCUGAUUUAUCUUGCGAAUGAGGUCACCCAGCAGUCAAAAGCCCGGCACAAGGAUGACUUCCCUCUGGCAUUCGCACCGAUAAUCGCUGAGGCUGCCUCUGUUGCGUACAAGGGAGCCACUCCUGAUGUCCAGAACAAGGUCCGCCGGGUUGUCGAAGUUUGGAGGGACCGUGGAGUAUUCGAACUCCCCAUCCAGGCUGCUAUUGAAUCUCGCAUCGAAGAGCUGGACAAGGCCAGGGGCGCCGGUAAGAGCGGGCUGAGCAACUCUAGCAUUGGCGGCCCAGCUGUGCCAUCGGAACUUGCACCACUGGUCACAUCAGCACAGAGUGUGUCUAAGUUGGCACUUUCCCUGAAGGCAAAGACGACCAGCGCCGAGCAAGAAUACGCCAAGAACACAGACCCGAAGCAGCCAACACCAUCUGCGCCCGUUUAUGCAGCCCGUCUGAACGGCUUGCUGAAAACCCUCGCCACUGCCGAGGGCGCCGUUGCUGAGUGUGUCAAGGCAAGGACGGAGCUCAUCGGGGCCCUCGAGAAGCUGCUCGGUACGAACAAGGCCAGCCUGGAGACCGAGCAGAGGCAGUUGGCAGAACUCGCCGAGAGGAAAACCACUAUCGAGCAGAAAAAGGCUGAUGUUGAGAUGGCAAUCAUGCGAGGUCUGGCCGACCAAGCCCCAGCCAACCGUGAUGGUCAAUCGGCUAGUCCCGUGCCUGAGCCCGACAGACCCGAGGUCGAGGCCUUAACGCCACCGCCUAUUGAAGACGACACCGACAUCUACAACGCUCAAGGGACAGAUUCCUUUGAACCUUUGCCUGCACAAGACUCUGCUAAUGCUCAAGCUCAGCAGCCUACAGGUCUUGAGACACUCUCGAGUCUGGCUUCUCAGUACUCGGCUGUGCCCGUCGCCACGAAUGGAUCGAGCGGAUCGAACAAGAGACGAAAGCUUGAUUCUGCAGACGAAAUUCCGGAUCUCGGUGAGGAUGGGAUCGACCCAAACAUCGACGAGAUGAUCCGCCAAUGA